AUGCUACAGCUGGCAUUACUUGGAUACGCUGCGCUACUUGUGUCACCAACGUCUGCGAUGUCUACAGGCCGUAUUCUGCACUUUUCUGACGUCCACUUGAACAUUUCGAAAUCUUUCUCCUCUGCAGACAAUGCUCGCAUCCCUAUCCGGUAUUUCGCCGACGCACCCUUGGCACUUCUCGAGUCUGCGUUAAUUUAUGCCAAAGAAUACGUAAUUGACAAUCCAGACAUAUUUCUGUACACGGGAGAUCAUGUCGUACACGGGGAUUCAACUGAUGAAUACGCUGCAAAAGCCGUGGAGACAAAUGUCCGGGUGAUGGAGACUUAUUACCCUCCAAACAGCGGAAUGCUAGAGGCUACAGCCAUUCUUGGCAAUGCUGAUGGAAACCCAGACUAUCACAUGGAAGUGACGGACCCCAAGACAGAGACAAACCCGUCCAUUGAGCUCAUUUCGGAAGUAUGGAAGGACUCGCUCUCGGCUGUAAACAUGGAUAUGCUGAAUCGAGGUGGAUAUCUGAAAUAUGCACUGGAUGAUAAGCUGCACAUGAUCACGUUGAAUACUGUACCAUACUCGCCCAGUCAUUUUCCCGACACGUCAAUCCAGUCGGAUCCAUUCGGGCAAUUUGCCUGGCUGGACAAGACGCUUGCUGAACUGCAGGAUGCUGGCAAGUUUGCGUACAUUGCUGGUCACAUUGCCCCGAUCGUGGACUCAUACGGAGGUGAUCCGCAGUGGCACACGAAGUACAUUGUCAAGUACAAAAAUAUUGUUGGCAAGUAUGCCAAUGUAAUCAAGGCGCAAUUUUUCGGUCAUGUGCAUAGUGUCGAGUUUCGUGUCCCCGUGACUUCGUUCGACCGUGGUGACGACGAGGACAUACCCUUUCAGCUGCUGCCGAUGUACAUUUCGGGCUCUAUCUCACCGCUAUUUGGCAACAACCCAUCCUUUAUGGUAUGGGAGUAUGAUGCAAACACGUACGAGGUGUUAGACUAUGCCUUGUAUGCAUCAUACAUUGGGGAAAGCGAACCUCAGCUCGACUGGAAGCUGCUGUUAAGGGCGAGCGAGACAUACGGUUUAAAAUCUCUCUCCCUAUCGGAGCUUUCGUCCUUUGUGCAACGUGCAGAGAAAAACCUUACUUUGAUGGAGGAAUACUACUGGAACACGAAGGCUCGCUCGCCCAAUACUCUGCCUUGUAAAAACACGACCUGUCGUUUAAAGACAUUAUGCACGCUGGAGUGGUGGACUACUAAGCGCGAGUUUCUGGACUGCAUCGACACGGCCCAAACGAUGAUCGCUGGUCAUGUGAACGGCAAAGAUGACACUAAGAUUUUAUUAUCGGCUGCUGACGUAACAGCAGCUUCAUCCGGCUCUACUGUCAUGCACAACAAUCUCGCACCAAGAGACGUGCUGAUCACGAUUGGAACGACAGCGCUAGCAACCAUUGUUGCAAUAGUGUGCGUUGUGUUGACCGUUUACGGGCUGAGACGGAGUAAGGUCUUCAAAGGCCGCUCGACGUACAAUACCGUGCCUACACUCUAG